AUGCACAAUCGAUGUAUAGCUAGGGGAAAGCCUGAAAAUGUUCGAAAAAAAGUCAGCUCUAAGAGUACCAAAGGUAGCGUACGAAAAUCUACGUUUGAUAAAUUAUCCGGCUGGGAAACCGAUUCAGAUGAAAAUUUGGCUUUCAAACUCGAAAUUGCAGAGUGGCAAAAAGAUGGUAAAGGAAAAUUGAUAUCGAAUGCUUAUUCUGAAAUUUGUCAGCUAGUUCAACUACUAACCCUUGAAGGCUUAUCACAAGUAUACAAAAAUGACGUCAUAGCAAUUCUUGAUGAUAACAAAGAUGAUAGUAAGCAAAAUCGUGAGGGUAACGACGAUAAAUUAAGUUAUAAUGCAUCGGAAGAGCAGAGAAAAUGUAACCAAUCAAAAUUUAAAGCCAAUCUGGAUAAGAUUUAUCAACUAGGUCAGCCUUCUAAUGAGGAAAAAAUAACAGAUGAAAGUAGACCUGCGGCAAAGCAGAGUAAAAGUAGCAACUCUAAGUCGUUAUCGAAGCAUAAUCAGACUAAAUUGCAGGAACAAGCUGGGCCAGAGAAAAAUUUCAACGUAUCCCUUCCAAGUAGCAGUAGUGGAUGUAGCAUCAAUUCUAAUAAAAAUAGUAAUCGGUAUAAGCUAAAUGAUGAUAUGGACCACGGUGAUAAGAACUCUCAAUCAUCUAAUUUAAAAUCAAAAGAUACUGACAAGAAAGUUAACGAAAGUGAGAAAAUUAAAACCGAAAUCGAUGAAUUGAAAGCUAUAAUUUCAGAAGGUACUAGUUGUAAAUCACCAUUUAGGCAUGAUUCUGUUGAUUCUGAAAACAAUUCUAACAUUAGCUCAUGUGGAGAACCGAUAGAACUUGCAAUUUGGCCAUCAGAAAAUAAUAAAGAAAGAAUAUGUAGCUGUGAUAAAUGUGAUAAUUUCGCUCAUAGCUAUCCGUAUUACUACUUUAAGCCAUCUGUAGCAGGAUCAAACUUAGUUAUGAAACGAAUAUGCCCACAUUCACGACCUAUAACAGCAUUAAAUAAGUCACUCACAAAUAACCAGCGAGAUGAUACGAAAAAAAUUACGAACAAGAUAUCACGAGAAGAUUUUCAAGCUAUCAUGGAAAACAAGCCUGAGCAAAAUAUCAAGCGUAGAGUGAGAUCAGCUAACUCUUUAAAUCCCUAUCAUGCCAGUAGCUACCCAAUUCCUCCAGCCACCCCAUCAUCUUCACCUCGCCCUCAUUUAUUAAUGACAAACCAGAAACGAAAGUUUUCAGCAACAUUAGGCAGAUUUAUUAGCAUAAGCAAUCAGAAUGAUAAGACUAAAUCAGAUCAACAAAUACUAGACCCCAGCCAAUACCGAGAGAGGAAUUAUACAACUCCUUACCGCUUUAAAACCUUAAUAUCUGGCAAUAAAGUACGGCUGCAUCAAUUGCGAAUGAAAGCAAGUCCUUCCAAAAAUUCUGUUAAGAAAAUGUCUCCUAGUAGUCAGGAAAUUCGUAUAAUCCAGGAACGUAAGGUAGAUCUUACAUGA